CGUGAUGUCAUCAUGACAGUGCGGCUUGAUUUUCAGUGUUCAGGUCCUGUAUUUAUGCAAACCAGGACGCCCCACUUGAACUGUACAACCAGUAUCCAGAAUGGCUUCACUUCCCCUGUCUCGCUCUCAAGUGUUCGGGCAACUUCGAAAAGAGCUGCACGACGACCGCGAGUUUCACCAGUCUGACACCCACAUAUUCAUCAUUUUGGGUGCAUCCGGAGACCUGGCCAGAAAGAAGAUUUACCCCACGUUAUGGUGGCUUUUCAGAGAUGGACUUCUCCCUGAGGAGACUUAUUUUGUGGGCUUUGCCCGCUCCAACCUGACUGUGGACACCAUUCGCACCACGUGCCUGCCUUACAUGAAGGUCUCUGAUGGUGAUGGCGAUCGCUUGGCCGCGUUCUUCAGCCGCAACACCUACCUGAGCGGGAAGUACAACGAGGAUGACGCCUUCUCCAAACUCAACGCUCACCUAGACGGCCUACCCAGCGGGACGGAGGCCAACCGCCUUUUCUACCUGGCCCUGCCCCCCAGCGUCUACCAUGACGUCACCAGGAACAUCAAGCAUCACUGCAUGAGCAAGAAGGGCUGGAGCCGGGUGAUCGUGGAGAAGCCGUUUGGCCGUGACCUCCAGACGUCAGAGGAGCUGUGUGCUCACCUGUCCUCCCUCUUCUCUGAGGAUCAGAUCUACCGCAUAGAUCACUACCUGGGCAAGGAGAUGGUGCAGAACCUCAUGGUGCUCAGGUUUGGAAACAGGAUCUUCGGGCCUAUCUGGAAUCGGGAGAGUGUCGCCUGCGUUGUUCUCACCUUCAAAGAGCCCUUUGGUACUCAGGGCAGAGGCGGCUACUUUGAUGACUUCGGCAUCAUCCGUGACGUCAUGCAGAACCACCUGCUCCAGAUGCUGUCCCUGGUUGCUAUGGAGAAGCCGGCCUCCACAAGCUCCGAUGACGUGCGAGACGAGAAGGUAAAGGUCCUGAAAAGCAUAUCUCCGGUGUGUGUGUCUGAUGUGGUUUUGGGACAGUACAUGGGGGACUCAGAGGGCAAAGGUGACGCCAAGCUUAGUUACCGUGACGACCCCACGGUUCCGAAAGGCUCCUGCACGCCCACCUUUGCCACCGCAGUGCUGUACGUCCACAACGAGCGCUGGGAUGGCGUGCCAUUCGUGCUGCGCUGUGGCAAGGCGUUGAACGAGCGCAAGGCGGAGGUGAGGCUGCAGUUCACGGACGUGCCGGGUGACAUCUUCAACGCGCAGUGCCAACGCAACGAGCUGGUGGUGCGCAUCCAGCCAGACGAGGCCAUCUACGCCAAGAUGAUGAGCAAGAAGCCCGGCGUCUACUUCAGCCCCGAGGAGACCGAGCUGGACCUCACAUACCGCAGCAGAUACAGGGAUGUGAAGCUGCCUGAUGCCUAUGAGCGGCUCAUACUUGAUGUCUUCUGCGGCAGCCAGAUGCAUUUCGUACGCAGUGAUGAACUGAGGGAGGCCUGGAGGAUCUUCACUCCUCUACUGCAUCACAUCGAGAAGGAGCCCACACCUCCUAUACCUUAUCCCUACGGCAGUCGGGGCCCCGCGGAGGCAGACGAGCUGAUGAAGAGGGUUGGAUUCCGCUACGAGGGAACUUACAAGUGGGUCAACCCCCACGCCGUAUGACGGCCAAGCACAACGCCUGCUUGGCCUUCACAGAACAAUAAUAAUCAAACCCAUGCAAAAAAAUAACAAAACGAAAUCCAAAUCCAUCUCAUUCCAAUGGGGGAGUAUGGAGCCAGAGCCAGGUAUACGUUUCUACAUUCAGCCAGCCAGGUCUCUCUAGACCUGUAUCAUUAUCACCAUGCAUUAGUGCCACAUAACCAAGCCAGCUCCAGGCCUAAUAGGCCUGUAUCAUUAUUAAGGUGCGUGUACACCAAGAACGACCUACGCUACCGAAGCGAUUUCAUUUCUCUCUGGAGGGUUGGCGAAUAAAGCAAAUUCAUGGCGAAACUUCUUCAACGACCUUGUCUACUCUGGUAGCUUGGGUCAUUUCUGGUGUACACGCACAGUUACUCAGUAGUGCCACAUAUCCAGACGAGCAGUGCAGAAUGUAGACUCCUGAUGCACUCCUGCAGCUGCCUUAAGCUAACGCACAGUGCUUACUUUCCUAGCAGAGCAAAGUAUAUAUAUAUAUAUAUACUGUACAGUUAUCCAUCUUCAUAAAGCUAUUUCUUAUAGAAACAUUACACAUAACUGCAUAAAUGAAUGUAGAAACUGUGUAGACUCUGAUGUCCAAAUGUGUAUAUUUUCAAUAAUUCCUUAUAUUUGCAUGCACACAAGAAAUUAAAAGACAACAUAUUUUUGAUAAUGGGGUCCGCCAUGAUGUUUGUCUUAAUUGGCAUGGUCCGACUGAAAUUGAUUUUGUAAUGCUCUUAAUUUGGCAUGGUCAAGCUUUGAAAUGCUCUUAAUUGAAAUGUGUUCAAUAAUUCAGCCAGCUGUAAUGUUGUAGCCAAACUGUUAAGGGGCACUUAAUCGACUUAUUUCUUAUCGUCUCUCGCUGCAUUUCAAGCACUUCAUUUCCUGUUACACCCCUCUCCUCUCUGUCUCCAUUUGGGGCUCAUCAGAGAGAAGUCAAUAUUUUUUCAACUUCAAAUGUUUCUGCUCUUUUAUGUAACAUGUCCCAUACUGGAUAUACCCUUUGUAUUUACAACUGAAGUUGGUGCCACCAAAGAAAAAAUAUUGAAUGAGGACGAUUAAAAAUGUGAAUUCAUAA